CUGCAUCCCUCUUCUUGUCCUCUUCCACCCUCCCGUCUCCUGCCACCCGCGGCUGAGACUUCGAAUACCUUCACUCUUCACUUCUUGACGGCGUCUGCUUGGCCAGAUAGAUCUUCGGAUCGACAAUCUCCACUCUACCAAACGUUGUUUCGGUUCUGCGAUUGCGACCAGUGCCUCGGCCACGUUCCUUGGAAAAAGAACACCGUUCGCAACUUCGCGCAAAUUUUCACCAACAAACAUUUCCACAUAGCUGGACCCGUUCGCACCGACUAUCUUCUUCAUCGGCCUGUGGCUAUUCAACUGCGCGAAUUUCAAGGGCGUUCCACGCUCAAGCAUGCCCCACCAGGUUUCGCCUCCCCGCGCACUUCCCACGAUGAUUUCGAAAACCUCCGAUGGCCCCGCGCCGACGCAAGCAGAGGUCUCCGCUCUCCUCGAUACCGUCUUCAAUGCGCCCAGUUCCGAUGCUUCAGUCUCGGCAUCCUAUGCAUUGUGUGAUUUGAUGCUGAACUCUGUCGGGUUCCGCGGGUUGAUGCAAUAUGGGAUUCUCGCGGAGAUCAAGAAGGCCGCCGCCGAUAAAAAGAGUGGAACAAGACGAGAAAGUGCUCAGAACUUGCUCGGUGCUCUGUUUGAGCGUAUGCCACCUCAGCAACCCAUCAGUGAGGUUGUGUUAUUAUUACAAGAUGGAGGAAUGGUUGCCUGGGCGCUGGAUGCACUAGCAGACAAGGGACCAGUUGUUCGGGAUGCUGCACAAUAUGGUCUUGACGAGUUAUUCAAGAAUUUGAGCUCCGAGGCUCUCGUUGUUGGUCUUAUGCCGGUUCUCAACACUUACCUUUUGAAGAGAUCAGGAAAAUGGCAGGGAACAGUUGGUGGAUACAAAUUACUGCAAAGAAUGGCAGAUAAGGCCAAGAUGGAAGUUGGAGUCAGCAAAGAGGAGGCUGGGAACAAGGACAUCUUGCGCGAGGCUAUGGGAACGAAGUUGGCAGGCCUGAUUCCAGUUGUUGAGGCCGGAAUGCACGAUUUGAAGGCCGAGGUUGAGAAGCAGGCUGUUGCAACAAUGACUUCCUUGACGACACUCCUCUCCAACGACGAUGUAGCUCCGCGAAUUCCACUUCUUAUUGCAACCAUGCAAAAUCCCUCGACAGAGACCCUCCAGAAGGCAAUCCACGCACUUUCACAGACAACCUUUGUUGCUAUUGUCACCUCUCCCGUCCUGGCCCUUCUUACGCCGCUCCUAGAAAGAUCUCUCAAUACUCCCACCACAGCUCAAGAAGUUCUCAGACAAACAGUUGUUGUAGUUGAGAACUUGACUAAGCUUGUCCACGACCCGAUUGAGGCUAGAACUUUCUUGCCAAAGUUGAAACCCGGUGUGAAGGCUGUGGAGGAUCGUGCUUCGCUCCCAGAGGUCAGAGAAAUGGCUUCCCGAGCAGUCAGCGUUAUCAACAAGGCUAUGGGUGACGAUGAUGGAAGCGUUGCAAGCGGUGCUAUUGCAAGAACAACUGCUGAAGAUGUUGCAAAGGUUUUGGAGGCCGAGGUCAAGAAAGCAGGUGGCCUUGGUGGAGAUCUCGAUGUGUUCAAGCUCGCGAGACCGUAUAUCUGCAGCAUGGUUGCAGAGGACAUCAACCACCGACAAAUUUCUCGCAUUUCAGCCAGAAGCGCCCCAUAUCUUCAGCACAUCAUGAAGGAACCAGGAUCAGCCCAAAUUGUCGGCGAUGCCAUUCAAAAAUUCUACAUUGAGGAGGAUCAUCGAAAAUAUGGUCAGCCAGUGAAAGAAGAUGACGGAGAAGUUGAAAUUGUCAAUGCUGAUUUCUCUUUGGCUUACGGUGGCAUGCUCCUCUUGUCUCACACCAAUCUUCGUCUCCUGAAGGGACACAGAUAUGGUCUUUGCGGCAGAAACGGAGCCGGGAAGUCCACUCUGAUGCGCAGCAUUGCCAAUGGCAAGCUGGAAGGUUUUCCAUCCCAUGAUGUUCUCCGGACAUGUUUUGUCGAACACAACCAGGGAGAAGAUGCCGAUAUCAGCAUUUUGGAAUUCGUUGCCAAAGAUCCGGAGAUUGGCAAGGAAGGAACCGAGCGUAUCUCCCAGGUUUUGUCCGAGGUCGGCUUCACUGCUGGCCCUCAAGGCCGUCAAUCCGAGAAGGUUGGAUCUUUGUCUGGUGGAUGGAAGAUGAAGUUGGCUCUUGCCAGAGCUAUGUUGAUGAAGGCCGAUGUUUUACUUCUCGACGAACCUACGAAUCAUUUGGAUGUCGCCAACGUUAAAUGGUUACAAGAAUACCUCAAGUCUCACACCGAGAUCACGAGUUUGAUCGUCUCUCACGACUCAGGGUUCCUUGACGAAGUCUGCACGGACAUCUACCAUUACGAGCCAGGGAAGAAGCUGAAGUCCUACAAAGGCAACUUGGCAGCAUUUGUCAAGGAGAGACCUGAAGCAAAGAGCUACUACACCCUUUCCGCCUCAAAUGCACAGUUCAAGUUUCCACCUCCAGGUAUACUCACCGGCGUCAAGUCACAGACCCGAGCCAUCCUCCGAAUGACCAACUGCUCAUACACCUACCCGGGCGCUUCGAAGCCAUCCCUGCACGACGUUUCCUGCCAACUGUCUCUCUCAUCCCGAACCGCAAUCAUUGGAGGAAACGGUGCCGGAAAGUCAACCCUCAUCAAACUUCUCACCGGCGAGACUAUCCCAACUACCGGAAAAGUAGAGAAGCACCCCAACCUCCGAAUCGGGUACAUCAAACAACACGCCCUCGAGCACGUCGAAAUGCAUUUAGAGAAGACGCCCAACCAAUACCUCCAGUGGCGUUACGCCAAUGGUGAUGACCGCGAAGUGUACAUGAAGCAAACGCGCGUACUCUCCGAAGCUGACAAGGCACAAAUGGAAAAGAUGGUCGAUCUCGGUGACGGCAUGGGCGGCAAACGCGUCGAAGCCAUCAUGGGCCGCCAAAAAUGGAAGAAGUCCUUCCAGUACGAGGUCAAAUGGGUCGGCAUGCUGCCCAAAUACAACUCCCAGAUCUCCCGCGAGACGCUCAUCGAACUCGGCUUCGACAAACUGGUCCAAGAAUUCGACGACCACGAAGCCUCUCGAGAAGGUCUCGGUUUCCGCGAACUCUCGCCAAAAGUCAUCUCCAAGCACUUCGAGGAUCUUGGUCUGGACCCGGAGAUUGCGAACCAUAAUGAGAUUUCUGGACUGUCGGGUGGGCAGAAGGUCAAGGUUGUGAUUGCUGGAGCGAUGUGGAAUAAUCCUCAUCUGCUCGUUCUCGACGAACCGACCAAUUUCUUGGAUCGUGACUCCCUCGGCGGUCUUGCCGUCGCUAUCCGCGAUUACAAAGGAGGCGUGGUCAUGAUUUCCCAUAACGAAGAGUUCGUGGGCGCGCUGUGCCCUGAGCAGUGGUAUGUUGCCGAUGGCCGGGUAACUCACAAGGGUCACUUGGCUGUGAGUGCGGAUCGAUUUGAGGAUAGUAGUCGCCCGGGAAGUGGGAUCAAUAGCGGAUUCAACAGCUCUGUGGCAUCGAGUGCGGUGUCAAGUGCGAAUGCGUCUGCUGUGAACUCAGGGGCCGAGGACAAUGGAAGCGAUAUGGCGUUCCGCGCGAAGAAGAAGAAGAAGAUGACGAAGAAGGAGUUGAAGGAGCGCGAGGUUAGGAGAAGAUUGAGGCAUAUUGAAUGGCUUGUUCCCCCACACCACGUUCCAGUAUCAUUUGGUUCAAAAGCUAAUGUGAUGACAGGCUCAACUCACCGAAAGGAACUCCCCACCCGCCAGACACGGAUGACGAGUCCUAGAUUCCUUUCCCACUCACGCUGGUUGAAAUGGGAGG